CUGCCGGUUGCACUCGCCCUUGGGGUGCUGAUUGCCGCCCCUGGGUGUUUGCCCGAGGACACCGAGUUCGCCGCCCUGACGGCGUCCGCCACGGGCCGGCAGGGCCAGGAGGCUGCGGAUCGGGAACACGCGCGCCAGCGGCCGGGGCAUCAACGGACGGCGGACAUACCCGCGCCCGAUUCCGUGCCGGAUGCCGCCCGGACCCAAGCGGCGUGGACGCUUGCCGACGCGUUCGCUGAAGUGGCGCGGGUGGCCACUCCGGCGGUGGUCAGCCUCACCGUCCAACACGAAUCGGCCGGGUCGGACGAGGAAACGUUCGAACGAUUCUUCGGGCUGCCGCAAAGCCCGCAACUGCCGCAGCCCAGGCUGCGCGAGGGGCGGGGAUCCGGGGCCAUCGUGGAUCCGGCCGGUCUGGUCAUCACCAACAACCACGUCGUGGAGGGAGCCUCCCGCAUCGAGGUGACGUUCUCCGAUGACCGGAAACUCGAGGCGGUGGUGGUGGGGCGCGAUCCGCCAACCGAUCUGGCGGUGAUCCGCAUCGAAGCCGACGGCGAGGUGUUUCCCCACCUCGCGCUCGGAAUUCGGACGAAUCACUCGGUGACGGCGGGCAUCGUGAGCGCCAAGGGCCGGGUGCUCGGCGGCGACUAUCAGGACUUCAUCCAGACCGACGCCGCGAUCAAUCCGGGGAACUCCGGCGGUCCGCUGGUCAGCCUCGAUGGCAGUCUGGUGGGGGUGAACACCAUGAUUCAGGUGGCCGGGGCCCCGGGAAAUAUCGGCCUCGGCUUCGCCAUUCCUUCCAACCUGGUGCGCCGGGUGUAUGACGAGCUGGCCUCCGAGGGCCAGGUGAUCCGAGGUUGGCUCGGGGUGGCGGUUCAGCCGAUGGACGCCGAGACGGCGAAGGCGUUCGAUCUGGACGAGAGCGUCCGGGGCGCGAUCAUCACCGACUACUCGGGAGAGGAUUCGCCGGCGGCGAUGGCGGGCCUCAAGUACGCCGAUGUCAUCGUGCGGUUCAACGGCCGGCCCAUCGAGAACAGCACGGACUUGCAGUUCGCGGUGGCCGAUGCCCGUCCUGACGAACCCGCGACCGUCGAGAUCCUGAGAGACGGUGCUCUCAGGUCGGUGGAGGUGACCCUGGGCCAGCGGGACUUCGAGGAAGCCGCACCACUGCUCGCCGAGGCGGCUCCGCCUGCCCCGCCGGAUCCGCCGGAACCCGCCGGACGGUUGGGGAUCGUCGGAGACACCCUCGAAGGCGAGCUGGCCGACCAGUUGCGCGCUGAUUUUCCGGGCGUGGUGGUCCGGCGGGUGAUCCCGGGCGGAAUCGCCCACCAGGCCGGGAUUCAACCCGGUUUCGUAAUCACCGACGUGGCGGGCCGUCCCAUCGAGAAUGUCGGCGAUCUCCGGGAAGCGCUCUCCGGCAUCGAGGCGGGAGACACGUUCCCGAUCUGGAUGGCGCGCGCAGCAAGUCCGGGCGAAUGGCAGCGGACCUUCGUCAUCGUGGAAGCGCCGGAAUAG